AUGUAUCUUCCUACGCUUAUAUAUACCAUUUUCUGCUUGGCCCUGGCGGUCGAAGCAGGAAAGGGAGCCGAUGUUCUUGGGCAGUCAAAAAAGAAUGCCAAGGGGGUUAGUGGUGCAACACACCAGGAAGGGAAGCAACCAUCAAUCGCAACUUUGAGCAAGGCCAGUGUUGAGACCGAGAAAACAGGCGCUCCGCAGAUCAAUGUUCGACAGCCAGGCCUUCUUGGUAAAAUUGGCAAGGUUGCUUCUGCUGUGAAGAAGGUCGCCGCCCCAGCAAAGAAGGCUGCUUCUGCCGCGAAGAAAGUCGCUGGCUCAGCAAAGAAGGCUUCCCCUAUCAAGAAGAUUGCUUCUGCCGCGAAGAAGGCUGCUGCCCCAGCAAAGAAGGCCAAAGCAGCUGUGAAGAAGACUGCGAAAAAGAUCACACCGAAGAAGUCUACUCCGAAGAAGUCCACACCAAAGAAGUCUACUCCCAAGAAGUCCACGCCAAAGAAAUCUUCACCAAAGAAGUCUACACCUAAGAAAUCUACUCCUAAGAAGUCUGCUCCUAAGAAGUCUACUCCGAAGAAGUCUACAUCAAAGAAGUCUUCUCUAAAGGCUAAGGGUGGUGCUGCGAACAAGGGAAAAGCUCCCUCAAAGAGCAAGGCCACAGCUAAAGGGAAGGCCAGUUCCAAGGGCAAGGCUGCUGCCAAGGGAAAGGCCACUCCCAAGGCCAGCAAGAAGAACACCAAGGCUAGCAAGAAGACUCCUGCUAAGGCCGGGAAGAAGUCACCCACUAGAGCUGGCAAGAAGUCUACUGCAAAGGCUGGAAAGAAGACACCUUCCAAGGGUGGAAAAAAAUCCCCCUCCAAGGCUGGCAAGUCUAGCAAAAACACCAAAGCUGGAAAGAAGACUCCGGCCAAGGGUGGAAAGAAGACUCCCUCCAAGGCUAAUAAGAAGUCUCCCGCUAAGGCUGGCAAGAAAUCCCCUGCCAAGGCUGGCAAGAAGCCUCCUGCUAAGGGUGGAAAAAAGUCUCCCGCUAAAGCUGGGAAGAAAUCCCCUGCUAAGGCUGGGAAGAAGUCUCCUUCUAAGCCUGGAAAGAAGACUCCUACCAAGGCGAGCAAGUCUAGUAAGAACACCAAGGCUGGAAAGAAGAAUCCUGCAAAGUCUGGGAAGAAGACUCCCGCCAAGGGUGGGAAGAAAGCCCCUGCUAAGGCUGGGAAGAAAACCCCUGCUAAGGCUGGGAAGAACGCUAAAGCCGGAAAGAAGACUCCCGCUCGUGCUGGCAAGAAGAAUACCAAGACCAGCAAGAAGACUCCCGCUAAGAGUGGAAAGAAGAACGGCAAAGCUGGAAAGAAGACCCCCGCCAAGGCUGGCAAGUCUAGCAAGAGCACCAAGGCUGGGAAGAAGUCUCCCACUAAGGCUGGCAAGAAAACUCCUGCAAAGGCUGGGAAGAAGAACACUAAGGCCGGAGCCAGAGCCGGUAAGAAGUCCCCUGCUAAGGCUGGAAAGAAAUCUCCCGGUAAGACUGGGAACAAGAACACCAAAGCUGGAGCCAGAGGCAAGAAGAGCCCUUCUAAGGCUGGGAAAAAGACUCCUACCAAGACUGGCAGCAAGAAGACUCAAUCUGGAAAGAAGUCCCCAGCCAAGGCUGGAAAGAAGAACACCAAAGCUGGAGCCAGAGGCAAGAAGAGCCCUUCUAAGGCUGGGAAAAAGACUCCUACCAAAGCUGGCAAGAAGGCUUCUACCAAAGCCGGUAAGAAGAACACCAAGGCUGGAGCCAGGGGCAAAAACACUCCCACAAAGGGUGGGAAGAAGAACCCUGGUAAGGCUGGAGCCAGGGGCAAAAAGACGCCUAGCAAGGCUGGCACCAAGGGAACAAAGGGAAAAACUGCUGCCAAAGGAAAGAGUAGCCAGGAUACGUGCGCAUUGAAGCGAUCUUUGGGCUUGAGGUGUCCGACAAGCGCUGGUAGCCCAUCGACGUCUGGUAACCAACCUGCGCAGAAGAAGAAAGGCAAGGGGAAGAAAAAGAACGAUCUCGACAAGGUUCCACUGGACCCGAAUCGCGCAAAUAAGCACCAGGACGAUGCCGGCAUGUAUAUGGGUGUUUCGCCAGAUCCACAGAAGUUUAUGCCAGUCCAGAACGCCCAUACCAAGCAGUGGACGUAUGACCGGAAGACGGGUGACGGAGUCAAUGUGGACAACAGGAUCAAGGACUAUCCCGGACACAAUUCGAAUGCGAGAUUUGCAAUAAGCAAAGGCCAAGAAGAAAAGAAUGGUCCCGCAGGCAUUGGUCCAGGCCGCCAUGACGAAAACACCAUGAUGAAGAAGACCAAAGACCAAGAGAGGAAGCAGAGGAAAGCUGCUGAAAAGGCCGCAAGAAAUGGAAAACAAGUUAACGCAACUGGGAGACCCAAAGAUGCUGUUGAGUGGUGGAGAAUUUCCACUAAAUCACAGAAGCAACUCGACUACGAACACAAGAAGAACGGAGGCACAGGACCUUCGCCCCUGACAGCCUGGGACGGCGACAAGCUCCGAGAAAACAUGAACGCACAACACGGAGAAUUCAAAAAUCACAAGGCUGGAGACAUGAACGACAAAUAUGCAGGGCAUGUGACAGAGAUGAAUAAGUACACCAACUCUAAACAGCGCUUCAGCAAACCCCAAACUGUUCAACGCCGUGCCAUCUCCAUAGAGCCUUACAUGUUGGUUAUUUAG